AUGGGUACCAAGUCUGCCAAUAGGGCUGACCUCGAUGACCAGAUCGCGACUUACCUCAACAUCGAUUCUGACAGUGGUUUCGCGCCCCCCACGUGGCAGUCACAUGUUGGCACCGUCUUAAUCGCUCGGAAGGACAGGAGCCCAUUACUUCCGCAGCAUUUUGAGGGCGUGUGGAUGUACUGCGACUACAUUCUAGACCUCUUUGGAGAAGGACAAGGCGCGCCGAGGUGGCUAUACAAUCGUCCGGCGUUUGAGAAGUGGUGGGAAGGUUACUGCAAGGAACAGAAGUGUAUGCGCUCCGGGAAGGGAGGCAAGCAAGAUCCUGACGAUUGGCGGGCCGUCGGGUCGCCAUACGAAAGCGAAGACUCCUGA